AUGAAGGAUGAUUUCCAAUCCGACGGAUCUUCCGUUCUCCGUCUCAACAUCGGAGGGAAGAAAUUCUGGACGACAAUCGAUACAAUGACACAUCGUGAGCCAGAUUCAAUGCUCGCUGCUAUGUUCAGUGGUCGCCAUACUCUCUCUCAAGAUCCUCACAAGGGAUAUGUGUUUGUUGAUAGGGAUGGUACACACUUCAGACACAUUCUCAAUUGGUUAAGGGACGGCGUUGUGCCCACUCUCGAGGAACCCGAAUAUACAGAGCUGUUGAGGGAAGCUGAGUACUAUCAGCUACUUGGGCUUAUAGAUGGAAUCCAAGAUGUCCUUAAUAAGAGGAAGGAAGAUGAUGAGCUCCGAACAGAAUUGACGCGUACUGAUAUCAUCAAGUGUAUACAAUCUGAGAAAGUCAGGUUUCGAGGGGUUAAUCUUUCUGGCAUCGACCUCUCUAAACUGGAUUUAUCAUUUGUGGAUUUCAGCUAUGCUUGUCUUAAAAAUGUCUUCUUUUCAAGAGCAAAUCUUCAAUGUGCAAAGUUUCGGGAUGUUGAUGCCGAGGGCUCCAUCUUUCACAAUGCAAAUUUGCGUGAAUGUGAGUUUACUGGGGCAAAUCUCCAUGGUGCUUUAUUGGCUGGUGCUUGCCUUCAGAGUGCAAAUCUACAAGAUGCUUGUUUAGUAGAUUGUAGCUUCUGUGAAGCAGACCUGCGAUCUGCACAUCUACAGAAUGCUGAUCUUAUUAAUGCCAAUCUGGAGGGAGCUAAUCUGGAAGGAGCUAAUUUAAAGGGUGCAAAGUUGAACCAUGCCAACUUGAAGGGUGCUAACCUUCAACGAGCGUAUAUGCGUCAUGUAGAUCUUAGAGAUACGGACUUGGAAGGAGCAAGACUUGAUGGUGCCAAUUUGCUUGGAGCAAUCAGAUAA